AUGCAUAAGUAGGAAAAAAUAUCAUCUGUAAUCAGUAGUUGUCUCAAUCAUUAUCUGUUUGGUAUUACUCGUGUUAAAAACGUUUCUACUGAACUAAGAAAGAUGAAGAUAAUCUGUGCUGGUCUGAUGAAAACAGGCACCAAGUCCCUCACUCGCGCACUUAGAGUUCUUGGUUACAAGGUUUACGACUUUGAUGACCAGAACCUACACUUCGGAGACGAGUUUAACGGCUUGUAUUUCAAGAACCAAGUUCCCGAUUUCUACCGUAUGUUCAAGGAUGUGGACGUUGUCGUGGACUUCCCAAGUUAUUUCUUCUUUGAAGAACUGAUGGAGGCAUUUCCCGAGGCUAAAGUGAUACUUACUGUUCGUACCGAUGAAGACGCUUGGGAAGGGAGUUUCAAAAACCAGCUCGAUGUUAUCCAGAGCUCCUUCUUGACUAAAUAUAAGAUUGUGUUUCCAUCGUUCGAAAAACUCCAUCGUCUGUAUUGGAAAAAUAUAGCAGCAGUCUUUGGCAUCACGGAUUCCACAGCCACGUAUAUCGCGCGGAAACGCUAUCGCUGGCACAACGAUCGAGUCAAGUUCGUAGUUCCUGCAGACAAGCUGCUAGUCUUCAGUGUCGAACAAGGAUGGAAACCAUUGUGUGAGUUCACUGGCAAAGACGUCCCAGACCAGCCAUUUCCACACUUGAACGUCAAAGGCGAAAUUAUGGAGACAUUUGUGGCUGAGACAGAGUACGGAAAGAAAAUACAAGACGAGGUGAAAUUUGUUGUCAAUUGUUUGUUAAUUUUCCUUUGCAUAAUCGGUGCUGUUUUGUUGAGCUACCUCUUAAAACAGGUAUUCUGAUCUAGUGGGAGUUCAUUGGCAUAUACGGUAUCCAAGGGAAAAUAAGAUUAUAAGAAGGACUUUGAAAAGGAACUUGAAAUUAUGUAACAAAUGAACAUUUGUUUGAAUUAAAAAACGAACAUGAAUGAAUAUAUUAUGCCGGCUAAUCAAAAGAAUGUGGAGUAUAAAGCUUUAUUAGCACAUUUGCUAAAGUUUGCAUUUUAAAGAGUAGAAUAUUUUAAACGCUAUGAUUAAGCCGGAAGGCAUCGUUUUUUUUUCUAAUCAAUAAAAUUUUCCUGUGUCCUUU